CCUCCCCUGCGUGGCAUCGCGGUGGGCGCGCCCGGAGCUGCCCGCCCGCCCGCUCGGCUGGGGCGGGCCCUGUGGCGGGCUCGUAGCGAUGGCGGCGGCCGAGGUGGCGCGGCAGGGUGAAGGCUGUCGUACUGUCCCACUUUCCGGACAUGUAGGAUUUGACAGUUUGCCUGACCAGCUGGUUAAUAAGUCAGUUAAUCAUGGGUUUUGUUUCAACAUCCUGUGUGUGGGGGAAACUGGCCUUGGCAAGUCCACCCUCAUGGACACACUUUUCAACACCAAGUUUGAAGGUGACCCAGCAUCUCACUCACAGCCUGGGGUCCAGCUGAAAUCCAGUACAUACGACCUGCAAGAGAGCAAUGUCAACCUCAAGCUGACUAUUGUGAGCACAGUGGGCUUUGGUGAUCAGAUCAAUAAAGAGGACAGCUAUAAGCCCAUUGUUGAAUUCAUUGAUGCUCAGUUUGAAGCCUACUUGCAAGAAGAACUGAAGAUAAGAAGGGUCUUGCACAACUACCAUGACACCCGGAUACAUGCUUGCUUGUACUUCAUUGCUCCAACAGGCCACUCGCUGAAAUCCCUGGACUUGGUAACAAUGAAGAAGCUUGACAGCAAGGUGAACAUCAUUCCCAUCAUUGCCAAAUCUGAUGCCAUUUCCAAGAGUGAGCUGACCAAAUUUAAAAUUAAAAUCACAAGUGAACUGGUUAGUAAUGGGGUUCAAAUCUACCAGUUCCCAACAGAUGAUGAAUCAGUGGCGGAGAUAAAUGGAACAAUGAAUGCCCACUUGCCAUUUGCAGUGAUCGGGAGCACGGAGGAGCUGAAAAUAGGAAACAAAAUGAUGAAAGCUCGUCAGUACCCCUGGGGCACUGUGCAAGUGGAGAAUGAAGCUCACUGUGAUUUUGUGAAGCUGCGGGAGAUGCUGAUCCGUGUAAAUAUGGAAGACCUUCGUGAACAGACCCACACACGCCACUAUGAGCUGUACCGACGAUGCAAGCUGGAAGAGAUGGGUUUCAAGGACACUGAUCCAGACAGCAAACCCUUCAGCUUACAAGAAACUUAUGAAGCCAAAAGAAACGAGUUUCUGGGAGAACUGCAGAAAAAGGAAGAGGCAAUGAGGCAAAUGUUUGUCCAGAGGGUCAAGGAAAAAGAAGCAGAGCUGAAGGAGGCUGAAAAAGAGCUGCAUGAAAAGUUUGAUCGCCUGAAAAAGUUACAUCAGGAUGAAAAAAAGAAGCUAGAGGAUAAGAAAAAGUCUCUGGAUGAUGAAGUAAAUGCAUUUAAACAAAGGAAGACAGCAGCUGAAUUGCUUCAGUCUCAGGCUCAGCAGGCUGGAGGAUCUCAAACUCUUAAAAGAGAUAAGGAAAGGAAAAAGGAAAAGCCGAUUCCAUGGUUCCUUCCCUCUUUGCCCUACCAAGGGAAAUGGAAAAUUCGGGUUUCCUGUAGAACCUUUCCCUUCACACCAGAAGCGAAUGCCCCCACAUUUGGUUAACACGCAGCUAUGCCAUUGUGCCUGUUUGCUCACUUUUACUCAUUGCUCCCUUCCUGCGCUCACCAUUUUGUUUUAAGCAAAAGUCCACACCCUUGGCUGUUGUGGGUUAUGGUUGUUCUUGUGAAGAACUCAGCAACAGCCUACAUGGAACUGGCAAGAGAUGCUCAUUGCUGACACCUCCUCCCUUUGGGCAGCAGCAGGCUCACAGAGCUGGUGUCCCCUCUUUUCAUUGCUCAGCUCUUUGCCUCUCCUCCUCCAUGUGCAAGGGCUGCAUGGCAGCUGCUUGGUGCUGAGCGUUCAGCACUUCCAGGGACUGAUGCUGCCAUGGGCUGGGACAUGCUGUCUCCAGAGACUGCCUGCCCUCUCCCCUUAUUAAUUUGCCUCAUUAACGCCUCAUUACCCCCUGCGCUGCCUUGUGUGACUCAGUUUUAAAGGACUUUUUGACAUCCUCACAAGCGUGGGCCUGAGUCCCAACCUCUAGUCCCCAGCCUUGGGGGAAUCUCAAACUUGGAUCCACGGUCUGCAACUAAGUGUUCUCUGAAUGCUGCAGGGGUCACGAAGGAUCUCUUGCCUUGUCUCCCUCUCAGUGUGCUGGCCUGGAUGCACAUCCUGGAUCCAAUCUCAGGGAAAGCUGGUCACCUUGCUGUACAUACCAGUGUUGGUGAAGAAAGACGAUGACGUUUGACUUUCUUCUCAGUGUUUCCAACCAUUUCUGUUUUUAAUUCAAAAAUUACUACCUUUUUUUUAUUAUUUGGCAUCUGUUUAGAAGUGUACAGGUGCUGGCAGGUUGCUUCUCUUAUUUUCUAUUCAGCAAAGCCUUGUUUUACUGCAAGAUUUGCACUAACAAGUAGGGUGUUUUGCUCACUGGGGCCAAGAGUCCACUCUGGCCAAGUGCAACUGUGGUUUGCCUGCAGGUGUCUUCACUGUGUAUUUCUGGAUGAGUUUUGUUUUUGAAUAAAGACUUCAGACAGUGAAUUCUGGUUAACAUUUA